GUUGUCUGGUGGUGAAGUGAUUAGAUUAAGGGGGAUGAUGGUAAUUAUGGUGGGAGUGACAGUGACUCUAAUUAGAUGUGGGGUGCUUGUGGAGGGCAAUGUGUUCUCUAAACAGAAGAUUCUGGAAGUUGAAAGAAAAUUAACCCAACUUAGAAGGCCUGCAGUUAAAACCAUUCAGAGUGAGGAUGGUGAUAUCAUUGAUUGCAUUGACAUUUACAAGCAGCCAGCUUUUGACCAUCCUGCUCUCAGAAACCACACCAUCCAGAUGGCACCAACAUAUGAUCUGACGAAGGAGACAAAGACAAUGACAAAAAUGGAUAGAUUGAAGAAAAGGAGUGAACAAUCUUCCGUGACAGCAAAGCAAACAUGGAAGAAAAGUGGAAGCUGUCCUCAAGGAACGAUCCCAGUCCGAAGAACUCGAAAAAAGGACCUGCUUAGAGCUAGCUCAGUUAAGGACUAUGGAAGAAAGAAGCACAGUACCCUGUCUCGUCAUGUUGCAGAGCCUAGUGACAACAAAUCUGUCUACCUUCUACGAGCAAACCACUCGAAGGCAAUAUUGCUUACAGAAGGGUACAGUUAUACUGGAGCCAAAGGAGACAUAAAAGUUUGUGCCCCUUCUGUUGAGCUUGAUGAUGAAUAUACUACUUCUCAAGUUUGUCUCAUAAACGGUCCAAGUUUUGCCUUUGAGAGUGUUGAAUCUGGAUGGGCGGUAAAUCCAAGCGUCUAUGGGGACAGAAAUACUCGAUUUUUCUUAUACUGGACUGCUGAUGGUUCAAAGAAAACUGGUUGCUUUGAUCUUACCUGUCCUGGAUUUGUUCAGACUAGCCAUGAAAUUGCUCUUGGUGCAGCAAUUUAUCCAAUCUCUGCUCCUGAUGGGCUUCCAUAUGAGAUAAUUGUCUACAUCUUCAAGGAUCCAGUAACAAGCAAUUGGUGGGUGCAAUACGGGGAGAGAAUUAACAUCGGUUAUUGGCCUCCGGAGCUGUUUUUUGCAUUGAGCUAUCAUGCAACAGGUGUUGAAUGGGGAGGUGAAGUCUAUAGCUCAAGAGUUGGAACUACUCCCCACACAAAAACAGAUAUGGGGAAUGGACGCUUUGCUAGUACUGCGGGAUUUUCAGGUGUCAUAACAAGAAUGAGAAUACAUGACAAUUCACCUGCACUGAAAAUCCCUGAAUGGGCUGAGACUUACAUGGACGAGUUCAAUUGCUAUGAUGCUAUCUAUGUUGAAGACUACGUUGAAGAUCCUGAGUUCUAUUAUGGAGGGCCUGGUAGAAAUUAUAAGUGCCCUUAA